AUUGUGUUUCAAAAAGAACAAAAGAACUCAUCAAAAAAGAUGCCAGUGUUGGAAGGAGCAACGUCGACGGAAGCCGUGCGCCACGGCGACGUUUCGGCGGGCGGCUCAAUGAAGCAGCAGCAGCAUCAGCAGCAACAUGAACGGCAAGCUCCCAAAAACAAGAACGCUGCUGCUUCUUCUUCUUCUUCUUCUUCCUCCCCGUCUUCCUCCUCGACCACGACCUCGUCCUCGUCCUCGUCGAGCUCUGCUUCUGCGCAGAAGGACACGCACCAGACCACGGCGCUGCAGCGUCAUUGCGAGUUUUUCGACCGCGACGGGGACGGAAUGAUUUCCAUGCGCGAUACCUUCACUGGAUGUAUGUCGAUCGGCCUUGGAAUUUUGGUUUCCGCGGUCUCCGUGCUCGUCAUCAAUGGCCUUGGCGCGUGGUUUACGUCAGAUUCGUGGUGGCCGACGACCACGGUGCACCUCAAGAACAUCCAUCGCAUGAUGCACGGGAGCGACUCUGGCGUGUACGAACGCAACUCUGGCAGGCUCAACCACCAACGCCUGGACAAGCUAUUCCAGGGCAACGAUGCUCCGGACGCAGCUUUCACGCUCCGUAGCUUUGCGCGCCACUUGGUGCGCGACCGUCUCAUGCUCGACAUUGUCGGCUUGAUUGCUUCGUGCAUGGAAUGGCUGCCGCUCUUCUUCCUGAACUGGCGCCACUACGGCACUCUGUCCAUCUCCCGCAAAACAAUUGAGCAAAUGUUUGAUGGUUCCCUGUUUCCCGAGCUCGAGAAGCAUUGGGCGUCCAAGAAGCAGCAGCAGCAGCAGCAGAAAGGCAAAAAGGACAAGACCAAGUAGAACAAUUGGAAGUGCGCGAGAGUUUGAGUGUUUUGAGUGCGUGUGUCUGUAAGUGGUGUUUGCUGCCGUGUUCAGCUUUACACUGCUGUGUGCGUGUGUUGUUGCUGUUGUUUGAUAUCAAUGUGCGCUGUGUGCAGUCAAAGA